GCGCCCCGAGGCUGUCCCUCGGUCGCCAGUUUGGAUGGCUGCUCCGGGGUUGGAGGAGAGGGCUCUCGCUGCCGGCAGCUGAGGCUUCCGCUCUCCCGCGCUAUGGAUUGUCUUCCAAGCCUAGCCCGGCUCCUACCCCGAGCUGUGGGGCGGCCUCAGCGAGCCCUGGGCGCGCUGGCCCGGACCCCCGGAGCCUACCCCACCACCUCCUCCCUCGGGCCCCGGGCCGGAGUGCGGCUCCCCGGACACAGCCGAACUGGGCUGCCCUGGAGUACUUGGCUCCGGCAGCUUUGUGAGUCCCGGCGGCCUAGCGUAUCAGGCGAAGUUCUUCGACUCAGUACUUCUGAUGCUUCCCAAGCCACCUUAGCUAGUGUAGCACCAGUAUUUACUGUGACAAAAUUUGACAAGGAGGGAAAUGUUUCUUCUUUUGAAAGAAAGAAAAUAGAAUUAUACCAGGAAUUAGGUCUUCAAGCCAGAGAUUUACGAUUUCAGCACUUAAUGAGUAUCACAACCAGGAACAAUAGAAUUAUCAUGAGAAUGGAGUAUUUGAAAGCUGUGAUCACUCCAGAAUAUCUUCUGAUACUAGACUAUCGUAAUUUAAACUGGGAACAGUGGCUCUUCCGGGAACUCCCUUUACAGCUGGCUGGAGAGGGCCAGCUUGUCACAUACUCCUUGCCCUUUGAGUUUAGGGCCAUAGAAGCUCUUCUGCAGUUUUGGAUCAACACCCUUCAAGGGAAACUUAGCAUUUUACAGCCUCUCAUUCUUGAGGCCCUGGAAGCUUUAGUGGACCCCAGACAUUCAUCGGUGGACAGAAGCAAACUGCACAUCUUACUACAAAAUAGCAAGAGCCUAUCAGAAUUAGAAACAGAUAUUAAAGUUUUCAAAGAGUCAAUUUUGGAAAUACUAGAUGAAGAAGAAUUGAUGGAAGAACUCUGUCUAACCAAAUGGAGUGAUCCUGAAGUCUUUGAGAAGAGCAGUUCUGGAAUUGAUCAUGCAGAAGAGAUGGAACUGCUUUUGGAAAACUAUUACAGGUUAGCUGAUGAUCUCUCCAAUGAAGCUCGAGAGCUCAGAGUAUGGAUUGAUGACUCAGAAAGUAUUAUUUUCAUCAAUCUAGACAGCCAUCGUAAUGUGAUGAUGAGGUUGAACCUACAGUUGACCAUGGGAACCUUCUCUCUUUCACUUUUCGGACUACUGGGAGUUGCCUUUGGAAUGAACUUGGAGUCCUCCCUUGAAGAGGACCAUAGAAUGUUUUGGCUGGUUACAGGAAUCAUGUUUAUGGGAAGUGGCCUCAUCUGGAGGCGCCUGCUUUCAUUCCUUGGUCGACAGCUAGAAGCUCCUUUACCUCCUAUGAUGCCUUCUUUACCUAAAAAGCCUCUCCAAGCAAGUGGAAGAAUUGAGAUAAAGAACAAUCUCAAGCCAGAUGCCUUUGGGUCAAGCAGAAGUAUCCUAACAAACCGAUAGGAACAGCAAGCAAUGACUGAAGUCAUGGUUUUGGUGGUUGACAUAAGAAGCUUCUGGCACUAUUCUAAUUUAUUUUCUUUUAAUAAAACUGAAGACUUGAAAAAAAUUACUAAUGGUUAAAAUACAACCACUGAAUAUCAAUAGGCUAUGGCAAUCUUAAGACUGGGAUUUUAGUUCAUAAAGUCAGAAUUCAGAGUAAAGGAACAAAGUGAAAUAAUCAGUCAGUCCUGCUUGUCUUCGUGCUUUAAGGGGCCAAAAUCUUGUUUUAACUACAUAUUCAAAGAGCGGCUUUUAUUGACAUAUUACAUUGAAUGUAAGAGUGUUAUAUAGAACUGAAUUUGGCACAAAGUUAGACUGUUCAUUAAAUUAUUAUAUUUAGCUUAUAUAUAGUACAUGUGAACAUGUUCACAUGCCAAAAUAGUGCAUGUCCACACUUGCAAAUUAGCACGUGCCCAUUGUGCAACUGAAUGAUAUUAAUUAUUAGUAUAAUCAGGGGAUCAGAGUUGAAGCCACAAUAUCCCAGCUCUCAAAAGACUUAAAUCUAGAAUCCUAAGAUUGGAGUAAUAGAAGAGUUUUGAACAUAUACUAAGACCGACCAGAACUACAAGGCAUAUCAAAGGUUUCAAGACAUUUCAUACUCUAUUACUGUGAUUAUUCUUGGAAUAUUUAAGUUCACACACAUUAUUCACGUAAGUAAAAACCUUGAUUAACUGGAAUAGGUAUUAAUCUGGUUAACUCAGAGUUAACCAAAGAAACCUUUUUUUUCAGCCUUUUUUUAGAAACUUUCUAAAAUGUAGUGGUCUACUUUUCUGCCUUAAAAUUGAAUAAGCUUAACAUAAUUGAAUUUUUUAAAUUUAAGAUUUUUUAACGUACUUAUAUAUGUACAUGUUGUCUCCCCUAAAGCACAUAAAAUUAUUGCAAAAAGGAAUUAUUUCCUCUUUGCUUUUGUAUGCCCAGGCCUAGCAGUGCCUUGGCAUGUAGUUGGUGUUUGAUGCAGGCUGACUCAAAAGUCUUAGUGCAGUGGUAAGCCUUAAUAGCUACUAAAUAAAUGCUUGUUGAUUGAUGGUUCUAAAAAAAAUAGUCGUUGAGAAGUGGGGAUAUGUUGAGCCUAUGACAUUUAAAUACAUGCUGUGUGUGUAUAGGGCACUAUGCUAGUUUAGGCAUUGGAGAUACAAAGAAAAAAAAAAACUCAAGGCAAAACUUCUGAGUGUACCGAAUGUAAUUGGGAAGUGUUCAAUAUGAUAAAUAAAAAGGCAGUUCAACAUAGAUAAUAUUAAUUUGUGGUUUUCUAAGUUGAUAUGCCAGCCUAGGGAUCUGUUUCUGUUUGAGCUUGACACUGGUGUUCUAGUAUGCCUUUAGUGAAUUUUAAAAACGUGGUUUUAUGUGGUCUCUAGAAGUCAAGCCAUAGAGAGAGCAGUCCUGGAAAGCACCUGAUAGUCCAUCCUAGCCCUACCUUAUGUCUCUAUGUGGCCAAAUUCAAGUCAUGUGACCUCUCUGAGCUUCAACUUCCUCAAAUGAUUCAUGAGCAUUAAAUUAAAUAUGUAAAAGUACUCUGAAAACAAAUGUCCUGUGCAAAUAUAAGGUAAUACAAUGAUGAAGAUGCAGCUUCCAAUUGCAUGGUAGCCCAAAAGAAUUGUUGAGUGCUGACAACCAUUAUACCUCAGCUAACCAGUGUCAUCCUAUUUUACCUACUUGCUAUCAGUUAUCUAGUUUUGUGUUUCCUACUAUCCCCAUGCCAUGUAGUCACAGCUCAUUAAUGGAAGGAAACACCUUUAACAAUUGUAUGGGUCCUUUGCAAUUUUUAAAGAAAUUUAGAGAUUCUAUUUUCCUUAUAUAUGAGGAAACUGUGGCACACAGAAGUAAAACUGACUUGCCCAGGGUCACACGACAUCAGAAGCAGGACAAGAAUUCUCUUAGCUCCAGAGCCAAUUUUCCAUCAUACCAAAUGAUCUCUUCCUUCAAAGUUAUUCUGCACGAAAUUUAAAUGGCAGAUCCUUGCUCUACAAGAUAUUUUUCCAUGUUUCCUGAGGAGGUAUAGGAUUUUGUAGUUUAGGGAACUCACAGUGAGGAAACUCUUUACUAAUACAGAUUAUACCAAGGAAAUAUGUAAUAUAGGGAAAUUACAUAUUCCGUAUUACUAACAUCUGUAACUGAGUAAGCUGCCGUACUUUUAGCUCGAUUCAACAGACAGUUUAUAAAGUAGCCUGAAAGUCACAGUACCAUGAUUUAAACUUGUUUUCAAGAUUAGCACAAAUGUAAGAUGCUAUAGAAAGUGCCUAAAAAUCCAGAUCAGUUUCUGUAAUGUAGCUUUUGUCAUAAAAACAACAUAAAAAAAAAAAGAA